AUGUCAGGAGAGAUAAGCGAAAGUUCUGCCGAAUCAACUCCAACAAAUGUAUUCCAUAGUUCACGACUUAAGGAUCGUAGGAGCAUAUUUGUUGCUCACGCAAAAAGAGUAGAAACUAAGCAAGAAGUUGAUAAUUUUUUAAACCAAAUAAAGUUUGAGGAAAAAAAUGCGACACAUAAUGUAUUGGCUUUUCGAUUAGAAACUUCAGACGGAACCCUUAUUGAAGAAGUUUUGGAUAAAGGCCCUUUUUUAGCUAAUAGCGGAUCUACAUCUUCAUCAAAACGAUCGGUUUCGUCGAAUGCAAUUCUUAUAAAUGGAUGUCAGCGUGGCAAUCCAAUCUUGCAAUUCAUCCGUAAUGUACCAUGGGAAUAUAGCGAAAUUGCUCCAGAUUAUUUGUUAGGUCAAACAACUUGCGCCUUAUUUCUUAGGCAUGAUGACUUCGAUUUACAUUAG